GAAUAUUUACAAUUAAAGUUUUGUUCUCUAGCAAUUACACAUCACAGUUUUUUAACUUUGAUAAAGAAGUGUCACUCUGGUCUACAUUUUAUUUUAUCUGCAAAAUCAAAACAAACUUUCAAAUUUCAUGAUGACACAAUAUUAAUGGCAGUGAAAUUUCAACACCUAAUCAGCAACAUCAUUAACAUCAAUAGAGACUUUUUAUAUUUGUCAUCAGCAAACAAGCAUCUAAUUUAUAAGUCAUUUUACGCAACAGUCAAAAUGGGAGACGAGAAACCAGUGGAAAAUGCCAUUCGUACAAAAUUAACAGAAGCAUUAAAGCCAGAAUAUAUAGAAGUAAUAAAUGAAAGUUAUAUGCACAAUGUACCAAAAGGAACUGAGUCCCAUUUUAAAGUUGUGAUUGUGUCUUCAGCCUUUGAAAAUGUCAAACGUAUUGAAAAACAUCAGCUUGUUCAUAAAGCCAUACAAGAAGAAUUAGAUCAUUCUAUUCAUGCUUUAUCUAUUGUGGCAAAAACACCAAAAGAAUGGGAAGUUUCCAAAGAAGUCGGUCAGUCACCUGCAUGUCGAGGAGGGGCUGGUCUGUAGAAAUGCUUAGAACAAUUUGUUUUGUAUGUUUGUCUGCUUGGUAAUUUGUAAAUGAGAAUAAAGAGUUUGUUUCAA